GCGGGGGGCUGGGUGACCUCCUCCCGGGUGAGCCAGCGGGUGGAUAGCGCCGCCGUGAGUCCGCUGAGGGUGGAGUGCCGUGCCCUUAAUCCAGCGGUGGAGCAAGUCAUCAGGAGAACCACCACUAUUACUGUUACCCGUCCCGCGGGCCCCCCUGUGUUUCAAGAUUGACCUCCGUGACCCUGUGGUGGCCGGAACCAUGCUUGACCUGACCUGCAUGAGCGUGGGGGGUCAUCCGCCGCCCACGAUCAGAGUGUUCAAGGGGGAGGAUCAGGUGGCGACGGAGGUGGUUGUGGAGGGGGGGGUGACGGAGGCCCGGGCGGAGGUGGAGGUGACGGCGGCUGACAACAGGAAGGAGGUGUCUUGUGAUGUUACCAGCACGGCAGCCAACGCCACGCCCCACUCCACUUCGGGGACCCUGACGGUGCUGUUCCCGCCGUGGGAGGUGACGGGGGAGGUGACGCCCGGCACGGUGGAGGAGGGGCAGGUGGUGACGCUGUCCUGUGAGUCCACGGCGAGUCUGCCUCCCUCCAACAUCACCUGGACCUCCACUUCGGCCUCCCUGCACGGCGCUAUUGUCAGCACCUCCAGCGGGGCGUUUGGGGGCAUGGUAACCAGGUCUGAGCUUCACCUGAGCACCACGGCAGAGGACAAUGGACGCGCCUUUCAGUGUGAGGCUUCCAAUGGGCUGGGCGUCGAGGUGCGGCAGGAACUUAUUCUCAACGUCCUUCACGCUCCCCAGUGGAUGGUCAAGCCCCCAGAGCAACUUGAUGUGUAUGAAGGAGCAGAGUUGGUGGUGACAGCGACGGCCCUUGCCAACCCCGGCCCACUCAGGUACUGGUGGAGGCGAGGGGAAGAGACGCUCGAGGCCACACAGGGGGAGCUGCGGCUGGGUAAGGUGGGCCGCAACCUCUCUGGGAACUACUCCGUCAGCGCCUACAACCCAAGGGGCGCCGUCAACGCAUCCUUUAUACUGAAUGUGCAGUACGGACCUGAGAACCUGCAGGCGGUGGAGAGAGUGACGGUAGGGGAGGGAGGCGCUGCCACAGUGGAGUGUUCUGCAGGAGGCAACCCACGCCCCACCCUCACCUGGACGACCAGCAAUGCCUUCAACAGCACCACAGCACAAACCCUGUCCUCGGGCGUGAGUGUGGCGAGACUCGUGCUGGAGGCGGCCACGGAGCAGCACACAGGCCUCUACCUGUGCCAUGCCUCCAAUGUGGUGGCCUCCACGCCCCCUGUGUCCACCAAGGUCAUCGUGACGCAGCCACCCCGCAUGGUGGUGGAGGCAGCAGGGGCUGGAGGGUCCUGGGCGGCAGUGGGGGGCCGGGGACGUCUGGUGUGCCGAGUGAGGGCCGCCCCUGCCCCCUCUUUUUCCUGGACUACCGAGGAUGGCCUCACCCUCCAGUCAGGGCCCAAAUACGAUCUCCAUGAGCCACAGCUGGUGGAUGGCCUGGUGCUGUGGGCGUCCGUGCUGGAGGUCCUGCAGGUGGAGAAGGAAGACUAUGGCAAGUACUCAUGCUCCGCGCACAACGCCCUUGGCUCUGACUCCUCUGCCAUUGCCCUCAACCCACCCGCACGCCCUCAUCCACCCACUAACUUCACGGUUACCAACAUCACCUCCUCCAGUGUCUCCCUCUCAUGGAUUCCUAACUUCGCUGGAGGCCUCCCACGUGGCUACACCAUCAGGUACCGCGCCACAGGGACACUUGAUCACCAGACAGUGGAACUCUCAGGCGGCAACACAGCAGGCACCACACUGACGGGGCUGACGGCACGUAACUACCUGUUCAGCAUCAGGGCCACCAAUGACCAGGGCGCCUCAGAAUUCCUGAAGCCACCACUCCUUGCCACACUGCCCGUGGGGCCUGAGGGGAGUGGCGGAGCUCUGGGGAUGGGUCGGUGGCGCGUGCCUCGCCUUAUCCUGGUGGUGAUGAGUCUGACAGGUGCCUCGCUGCUGCUCCUCAACAUUGCCAUCAUUGCUUGCUUUGUGCGGCGCAGAGCCAGGACGCGCCUUGCCGCAAGUUCUGCUUCCACCACCAAGAUGGAGGUGUCACUAGAUGGCUACAGUGGAGCGAACCACAUGGCAUCUCCUCACCAUAACGCUUCCACCUCAUCCACCACCACCACUACCACCAGCCUUGUUGCUCCCACCACCAACCCUCCCCCUCCUCCUCCACCACUGCCUCAGCACCUGCUGCCCUCCACCACCAGCGCCUCCACUACACUCCUCCUCCACCACCACAACAACAAUCGUGGCAAUUUCUUCCAGCCGCAGCAUAAUGGCAACAAUCAACAGCAACAACAACAGCAGCAGCAGCAGCAGCAGCAGCAACAACAACAGCAACAACAGCAGCAACAACAACAACAACAACAACAACAGGUGGUCUUCCCACUUCCACCAGGCACCUGUCAGGUUGGGAUGGAAGUCUGUGACGGGAUGGGCGAGGUGAACAUGAACGCCUCACCCAUGCAGAACGGAGGACUGAUGAGGAGGGGCAGUAUCACCUCCUUCAAGAGUGGAGGAGUGAGGGAGAACGGAGGAGUGCCUUGCCGUGAGCGUCGAAGUAGUGGCGGAGGAGGAGGAGGAGGAGGAGGCUGUGGUGGUGGUGGUGUAGGUGGUGGGGGUAACACAGGAGCAGGAGGUGAGAGUCCCUACCACCACCAUCACCACCACCACAUGCAUCCUCACCCACACCAUCAUCACCACCACCAUCAUGACCCGGAGGUGUGUUCGCUAACCUCCAGCACCUAUGACGCCUCCCCAGGUCUUCCCACCUCCGCCUCCACCAGCAUCCUUCCCCAGCAGGAGCAGAGGAGGAGCUCAGAUGCCGGCACCCCUGGAGAUGAUCAGAUUUCUCUGGCCUCCUUCCACAGCAGUCACUCUCGCACUUAUUCCCAAGGGUACAUCCGUCCCCUGCCCCCUCCUGGCUGCCCCCACUACUCUGUGCAUCCCUGCCAGAGUCUCCCAUGCCCCCAAAGUGAGCCACAAUCCCUGCCAUCCGUGGUGCAGCAGGGGCAGUUAUACACAAGUCUCAACCCAUCAAGUCUGUACAGCCUCAGUUCGGAGUAUUAUGAAGCACGUUGUGGCCAGUCCUCCUUUGCUGCUGGCGCUGCUCCCAUGGGCUAUGCCACCCUGGGACCCAGGAGUCGUCGUGCUCCACCCUCGCAGUUCUCCACCCUUCAGCGGCCCCGUGGAGCGCGAUUACAGCCCAGGACGUGCCAGGCUGACUGCUGCGAGUAUGAGAAUGAUCCACACAGCAGUAACAGCACACAGCAGCGCCGUAGCAGCUUCCACGGCUCCCUCCGACGCUGUGACGCUCAAGAUGCACCUGAAACGCAACAGCAGCAACAGCAGCAGCAUAGCACAUCACAGCAGCCUCACCAGGAGGUUGGGGACAGUGGGUACAGCACUGCAACACAGCAGAAUCAGAAACAGCAGCCAGAGACGAGUGAAGUUGCAGGAAGAGGAAGAGUAGCAGGAAUUCUGGGGGGACCAAGAGGAGGAAGAGUAGGAGGGUACAGCAACCAGCGGUCCUCACAGCAAGACCUUUACAGCAGAGGGCAGGGCAGUCAGAUGAACAGCAGAAUAAGCUCCCGUGAUUCUAUCGUUGCUGUGCCUGCCUUCCUCAUCCCCAACAGCAGCAGCAACGGCAACAACAAGAGUAAUAACAGCACGUCAUCUCCUCCAUUGCCACCACCACCACCACCCACUACCACCAUCACCACAGCCUCCUCCACUUUCACCCCCUCUGCUGUUGUCUCCUCCACCUCACGCCCAAGGUUUCCACACGAUUAUGUUCGUCACGGAUCAACCAAAAGAGCCAAGGGAACUGUUGAUAAGAAAAAGUAGAGAUAGAGAGGAAAAAGUCACAUAUCACAAGCACCACCAUGCCUUCCCUGACCAGUAUCAAGACUUUUCUGUAUCAUACAUUCCACCCUAAUACCCUACACUACCCUGAGAUGUGUAGACAAUCCAUUGCGUGUUUAUGUUGUUCUCUGCAGGUGAAAUGAUAGAUAGAAAAACUGAAUUAGAGUCAAGUUGAAAUACAGAGGUUCAAGAGGAGAGAAAAUAGAAGACAGCGCCUUGUGGAGAAGACAAGUGAGGAUUGGUGACUGCAGCUGCAGAUGAAGAACAUUUUGCUGUGUCUCCUAGUCACUUUGGCCUUGCAAUAAAACUGUUUUCAAAGGCCACAGGAACGAUUUAGUUGGGUUUGUGGGUGUUUUUCCAUUUGGUGGAGCAGAUUUUUUCUAAAACCGUCACUAGAAUCAUGAAAACGACCUUAAAACCCUAAUAACUUCAACUAGAAUCUGUUAAAAUUAGUUGAGAUAGGAUGCCAAACAUUUGUGAAUGCAGUUCUUUAGUCCACAGUGUCCUCAGUGAUUCUUGCUUUGACUCACCAACCUCACUCAGUCUUUGAAGUAUCACACUCUCUUUAGUACACCUUCCCUCAUUAUAACCUAAGUACAACCUCCUGGCCUAGAACACAGUGGGAGAACAAGCAGCAACAGAACUGUUGGCCCUCAUGAGGGUGUUUGUGAUAACAUACACUAUCUAGUCUUAAGUAAGUGAUGUAGGAUUGUAAAAAUGAAGGCUCCUUCUCAUCCACUGCUCACUCAAACACUGAAACACCACACUAUCCUCUAGAAGUCAGUGACUCCUCUAUCCCCUACCAUGUCUACCAGUAAGACUGAAACUGUCUGAAACUCCCUGUCAGCUUCCUGAACCCAGUGACACCACGGGCCUAACACAAGUAUGGGUGGACUUGUUUGAAACACUCCCUUUAGAUAGAUGCACACGCUGCUGUUCUGUUACGAUAAUGCGCAGUGUCUGAUACCCCAUGUGCCGCCAGCCAGCGUGCGGUAUGUGAGGACCCUCGUGGUCGUGUACAGGCAGGGUCAGGGACAUUUAGGAUUCUGCCGAGAGGGUCCCCGUGGUAAGGACUAAGGUUGUGACAGGAAGGAGUCAUUCAGUCGUCCGCCAAGCCCUUCUCCAUCUUUACCAUCCGUCAGGCCGCAGCCGUGCGGUGCAGUGCGAGGGUGAGGUGAUAAUUACUUUUAAUAUAUUUGUAAUUAACACCUAAUCAUCAGGUAACAUGAAGUUAAUGAAAGAAGACAAGCCUACCCUGUGUCACCGCCCGAUCGCCAUCACCAUGCAUCCCCUCAGCUGGCGGUGGUGGGGGGAAAGACUCACGAGGCCAAAGAUACAGUCAGUGUUACAGUGUUUGUCACAGUUAGUUGGCACUCUCUUCCCGUCACGUAUCACAAACACGCGUACCCGUAUCCAGUACAGAGUUGUUAAGAUUAGGAAGAUGUAGCAUUUGUACUACCUUGCAUUCACCGUUCGUUUUUCGUGAUAUUUGUGUACCGUUGGUGUGUAUACCGUACCGGGAGUUUCCCUUUAAAAGUUUGUCCUACCUCGCGCACCUACGUGGGAAAAAAAAAAAAAUCCAUGAAAGUGCAGGAAUUUCGGUCUAUUAUAAUUACUGUUACUAUAGGGCUGUGUAACACUCGAUUUGUAGUACCUUGUCCUUUUAUAGUAUUUAGUAAUAAAUCUACCUAGUCCUAAUAAAAGAUACCCGUGAAAAA